AUGUCGCUACCUACACAACCUCGCACCUGGAAGCGCGACAACUUCUUAGUCUCCACUGAUAAAAGAUUUCUCUCCAUCGCUGCGAUCAAUGGUGCUUUCCAGCAGGACCUCAUAUACUGGGCCAACGCUGUCCCUGAUGAGAUCCUACAACAGAUCAUCGACAGUUCGUUCUGUUUUGGUCUCUACAGAAAAAUCAACACUGCAUCGAACGAGAACACUUCUGGGUUGAAUUCCGGUGACUCAGUAUCCCCGCCGAGUGAUAAUCUAGAGCAGAUUGGAUUUGCUCGCCUUAUCACGGACAAUAUCACUUUUGCUUAUAUCACCGACCUGUAUGUCCUUCCCGAAUAUCAGGGCUUCGGACUUGGAGGUUGGAUAAUCGACUGUUUGGAUGAGGUGUUGGAACCUCUGCCUUACUUACGAUGGGCAAUGCUGCGAACUUCGAUGCUGAAAAGUCAAGAGUCAUAUGAGAAGCGCCUUGGAAUGGAAGUCCUGAAGUCUGGGUCAAUCGCAGAUGGGCCAGUGAUGAUGGGGAAAAGGGGGCGAGCAGGUCGAGCAUAA